AUGAGGAAAAAAAGAACAGCCACAAGACUAGUCGACCAUAAAGAGCCACAAGAAGUUGAUUUCAACAAUAUUGGUCAGCAUGUUGGGAAGAAACAAAGUAAGUUUGCUAACGAGUGUGGUGUUAUUACGAGGUCGAUGAUUUCUGUUGAAUAUACGAGUUGGAAGAAAGUGCCAAUUGCUCAAAAAGAUAUGCUAUGGUCGGCAAUUAAGAAACAUUGGAAUAUUCCAAACGACAACCGUAAAAAAGAUGUGCUUAAAACAUGCAACAGCCAGUGGAGAGCCUUCAAGAAAAGGCUUAAAAAGAAAUGUGAUAACCAAAGAGAUCCACUUGAGACCUACUCAUAUUUGGAAAGAAGCACAUUGCAGAGCUUUAGACAGAGAAUAUCAUCAGAGGAGUUCCAAGAGAUAAGUGAGAAAGCGAGGGCGAGUUCAAUGCAUAAUAAGAAUCCUGCUCGUGUAGGACCACUUGGUUACAGGGGCAAGAAAGCUGAGUGGGAACAAGAGAUGGCAUCUGGUCAAUUGACACCUCAAUUGUAUCAGAUAAAAAGCGAGCGUUCACUGCAUUAUGUUUUGGGUAGAAGAUCUAAAAAUGAGUUGGGGUUGAACAUAAUACCGCCUACCAUACAACCCAUAGUAGACAAGCUUGUUGAUGUCCAGACUCAAAUCUCUGAAGGAGAUUUGGAGCUCAAUCCAGGAGAGGACUUGUUGACAAAGGUAAUAGGACCGGAGAACCCGGGCCGUACCAGGGCUGUUGGUCAUGAUGUUGGAUUGAGAAAAGGGAUGCAAGGGACUGAUAAAAAAAAGAGGAAAAAACAUGAAAAUGAAACUAUUGUUAAACUGCAGACAACGAUAGAUCUGAUGGGCUCCCAAUUGGCAAAGCUACAAGCACACUUUGACUUACUACAGGGGUCUAGGAACCAUGCCCCAGAUGAUGUAAGCUUAGGGGUUCAACAAAAUAAUUGUGGCUCGACUCCAACAUUAGAUGCUUUGGAUGCGAUACAGAUGCCUACCCCUUGUGAAUUGGUGUUACCCUAUGGGGAGUUGGACCAAAAAUGUGCCAAGGGAUUGGUCUUUCCAUAUGGGAAUGGGUUAAUACACACAUUGCCUUUACGAGAAAAUCACCUGAAGGUUCUGAUAGACGACAUCGAUAGUAGAUAUGAAAAUUUUCCUGUUCCUGUGAUGACAAAAGAAGUUGCUAACCUACAAGGGGCGGUUGGCACUGUAAUUCAAUGGCCCCGGAUUGCAAUUAUUCCUGCAAAGGAACAAAGAGAGAAGAAACAAAUCCCAACCACAAGUUUGGUGCCAACAAUUUCAAGGGCUGGUACAAAAAAGAAUAUACCCAACCAAACAUCCAGCAAGGCGAGGCCGAUUGAAUAUCUUCGUGAUUGCUUGAAGACCAACCAAGUGGUUAACAUUGUAUCCGAUUCUGGGAUUUUGGAAGUCGGGACAUAUGAUUUUUCGGUUACAUGUGAAGAAUAUUUUCGAUUGCUGAGAAACAAACAAUUGAUGCUUCCAUCAUAA